UCCAUUCUAUGGCCGGACAUUGAAUCUAUGUGUGACCACUGAACCGGCCCAUGAAGAUUGAAUGAGCAUGUUUGGCACGGCGGCUGUGGCUCUGAAUCCUCACAUUGUAACAGCGCGUUACGCACUCGGCCUCCCCUGGACGCACUUAUAGCGCACAGGAUCGACUCUGCUCUUCUCUCGAGACUGACGGUGUCAUAGCCUACUAUUUUGCCCACCAUGGUGGAACACAGUGGCCUGGAUAUCAUGUGUUUGAACAAGUAUUGCAACAGCUCGUCCUCGUCGUCUAGCUCCGAGCACGAGAAGAAGACAUUCACCAAGAUCAAGCUCAACUUGUCGGCGGACUAUCCGAGGAAGAGCUCGGAGAUCCUCAGUGGCCAAUAUGGCACCAACGUGCUACUGAUCGGGUUGGCGCUGAUGCUGGCCAUUGCCCACCAUGGACCCUCUGUUACGGAGGAGAACCUGUUGUCGUUCAUCACCUGCCUUAUGAUCAUCCAGUUGAUGUGGAUGAUGUGGUACAUCUGGAUUAGGGACAGGAAGAGUGAGCUCCAGACGGAGAAAGAUGUGCACGCAACGACCUGCUGGAUAAGAGGUGGUUUGACUCUUCUUGCACUGCUAUCAUUGAUCAUGGACGCGUUCCGUAUUGGUCAUUACGUGGGCUUCAAUUCCUGUGUGUCGCAUGUGCUUGGAGUCUACCCUGUUGUCCAUGCAACCCACACAAUAGCACAGGUGCAUUUUCUAUGGUUUCACAUCAAGGAUGUCAUCAAGAACUUUGAAACAUUUGAGAGAUUCGGUGUAAUCCACGCCGUAUUCACCAACCUGCUCCUGUGGUGCAACGGAGUGAUGUCAGAAGCGGAACACUUCCUGGACAACCACAAGAGAAGACUGUAUGCCCAAGGCUAUGGAAACCUCACCAUAGUUCACUCAGAGCCUGACUGUAACUGCACCACCGGCGCUUGCUCCAUGUUCUCCAACAGCCUCUACUAUCUGUAUCCCUUCAACAUCGAGUAUCACAUCUUUGUCUCCGCCAUGCUCUAUGUCAUGUGGAAGAACAUCGGAAGGGUGAUCGACCUCACCUCCAACCGCAAGCGGUCGGCUACCAAGAACCAGGGUCUGAUCCUCGGCCCCAUCUUGGGUCUGGUGGCCUUGGCCAGCACCAUCGGAGUGCUGGUGGUCUACGUGAUCCACGUGGAGGAAUCCCUGCAGAUGCGCCAGUCAGCCAUCUCCAUGUUCUACUGUUACGGUAUAAUCAUGCUGGUUUUCAUGUGCUCAGCCGGAGCCUCUGGUCUGCUCAUCUACCGCACUGACCACAUGCCGACCGACACCUCUGAGAACCCAUCCAGGCAGCUUGACACGGAGCUCCUAUUUGGCUCCUCUGUGGGCUCCUGGCUGAUGUCCUGGUGCAGUGUGGUGGCGGUGCUGGGCUCUACCAGCAGCCCGCCGUACCGCUGGACUAACCUCAUCUACUCUCUCUUCAUCAUCCUGGAGAAGUGCGUCCAGAACCUGUUCAUCAUCGAGUCCCUGUACCGCCAUCGAGAUGACAGGGAGGAUCCCGAUCUGCCAGCCACGCCCAAGAUCUUCUCCGUGACCUCAUCCCUCGCCCCCCCGUAUAACGGCAUCCUCAACAGAGCCUACGAGACGCCAGAAAGGGACUGUGCGACCAUGGACAGUGAGCAGGUGGAAAGUGGACAGGUGUACAGAAGUCCUAGGAAGCCUUCCAAGGUGCCCCUGACCGAGGGGACCGUGGCAGAGCCGCCGGGCACCAAGAGGCAGAUCCUGAAGAACAUCGCUAUAUUCCUUCUGAUGUGCAAUAUCUCGCUGUGGAUCCUUCCCGCCUUUGGCUGCCGACCACAGUACGACAACGGACUGGAGCAGGAGGCCUUCGGCUUCAGUAUAUGGACCACAGUUCUCAAUUUCGCCGUACCCAUGAACCUUUUCUACCGCAUGCACUCAGUGGCUUCCCUCUUUGAGGUGUUCCGCAGGGCUUGAUGGAUCCCCUUGGGCACUGACAAUGAUGGACCGCAUGCACCGAACAUCCCGCCACCUGCGGGAAAGCAGAAAGAAGCUCCUCACAGCACUGGUCCACGGCUGUGGCGGCGCUCCGAGGGCAUUACUGAACGGAUGUGACAGAAAGCCAUGGGGAGUCACAGCAUACACACCCCUCCGUGGAGGGGUUUGAUAGGCCAAUCAAUCGUUAUUAGCAAUGUGUUUUCUAAAGAAUUACCUUGGGUUCACGACGAAACAA